CCACAAAGUCGCCAUCAGCCUUGAAGCCAUCAUCACCACUCCUCUACGGGGACGCCAAUCUCUUCUACUUUCAGCCUUGCGCUUCUUAAUCUGCAUAAACUGCACUUCGCUGUCUGUCUUGCUUUGUUUUCUUGCCCGUGGCAUACUUCACUCCUUCGCAUCCCGCCCGACCACCGACCGAGCAGUAUAGUGUUUGUUGCCUCAUCGGACUCUUCCCUAAUACCUAUCCCACAAAAAGUCGAUAAACGACAACACAAUGGCGGACGGACUCAACGAAUACCGCACGGCACGCGUGGCCGAGCUGCUCGCGGAUUUCCGCACCAUUCAGUACUACAUCGCGGCGGCGGACUGCAACCCGGCCGACAUGGACGACUACUACACCGAGGGUUGGGCGGUGCUCCGGCAGUGCGCGCUCGACGGGCAGCACAUCCUCAACUGCGCUGCUGAUGUGACGGUGCCGUGCGCCACCGGCGGGCCGGAGGAGCAGGCCAAGGCGGAGUUGAAGCAGGUCCUUCUCGACGCAUACGCGCGCAGGCAUGAAGGGCAAAAGAUUUAUCUCCGACAGGCGGCAGCACAGCGCUGGAUCGAAUGGCGGGACCAGAUCCUCAUGGGCGGCAGGCCGCACUCGGGCAACCAACAACAACUGAGGGUGGUUGAUCAGCAGUUGCGAACAGAGCUCGCCAACGUCACCGACGAGGUCGUCUACCCGGAGCUUCAAGUCUCCGACAUGACCAUGGGCCGCUGGACGGCCGAAGACCCGAGCCUGCGCGCGGUACAGCGCUGGGUGCGGACCAGGAGGUGUUAGACACACGAUACAACGACACGACCGUCACGAUGAUACCCCCGAGCCUGAGUGACGACAAGACGAUAUCCACCAACCCUCAUAUACCCCCCACCACCCCUCUCUGAACGGAUUUGGCUUCUCUCGAUGAUGCGGGGAUCAUCAACUUUAAUUUUCGCCCUUGUUUCUCUGGGAAUUUCUUUCUUUCUUUCUUUCUUCUCCGGGCUUACAUUCCUCAGGAGCAUUUGGGACAGGGCAUUAACAAAAAAGGCUGGGUUAGAUUCGGUAUUUUUAUUGCUAUUGGGAUACCACUCGGAAAACACGCAGGGAAAACCGGACAUUGUACGGCGGGGCGGGUUUCCAUUGUACAUGUCUUCUGAGCGGCGCGUCGGGCACGCUUCCGUUUGUAUAUAUACGUAUGCCCUGUGGCAGGGAUGCAGUUGGCAUGCAGGCAGGGAAGCUGGGACUGCCUGGAGCAGAGGGGACGAUUCAGGAGAAUAGUAGGACCGAAGUGGAGAUGAA